AUGGCGUGUCCUUUCAACACAUCGCGGGUUACCUUUAUGGAAACAACGACGGAAGAUGAAGCACAAGCAGGAACCAACAAAGUGUCUUUGGGACAAGGAGUUACCUAUGGACAAUAUUUGCAGCUACACAAAUUACUGGAUUGUCAGAAGUUGCAGUCAGAAGAGCAAGGACAUCGACAGAUCAUCUACGAUAUCGAUACCGUACGUGUCCUACCCAACAACAUAUUACUUGUUGAUCAGAUUACUAUUCUCGACACGAUGAGUCCUCUCGACUUUGUUGACUUCAGGAAAUACCUGUCUCCUGCCUCAGGAUUUCAGUUGCUACAGUUCAGGCUUUUGGAAAACAAAAUGGGAGUGUGCUGUGAUCGACGAAUCAAAGUACUGAUUUUUACCUUUUGCUCAAAUCGGUGUAACGUGAGCAUUUAUCACUCUAUAAAUAAAUAA